CUUGCACUUAGUAUAUGUCACGUGGAAAGCGCGCCUAAUUACAUAAUAUAAUACCACAGUGAAAGAAAUAUGUUGUGCCACACCCCCUUUUUUUAUUUCAUUUUUCAAAGCUUUGCAAAUGUUUCAAUUGUUUAGAAUUCUGAAUUUUGCACCACCAUUUACUUAUACACGAAUAAGUAACGAAUCCAUGGACGAUACUCGUAGAAUUAUAAUGUUAAUGUGAUAGAUUAGCUACGUUUGAUAGACAAACAGAUAUACUAAGUCAUCUAUAUCGGAACAUUGUUCAAAAUGACAGAAUAUUGGUUAAUAUCCGCACCUGGAGAUAAAACAUGUCAACAGACAUGGGAAACCAUGAACAAUUUGACAUCAAAACAACAUUCUUUGUCUGUCAACUACAAAUUUCAUAUCCCAGAUUUAAAGGUGGGAACAUUGGAUCAAUUGGUUGGCUUAUCAGAUGAUCUAGGAAAACUUGAUGCUUAUGUUGAACAAGUAACACGCAAGGUGGCAACAUACCUUGGAGAAGUUUUAGAAGAUCAAAGAGACAAGCUACAUGAAAAUCUUUUGGCUAACAAUAGUCAAACGUCAGUGGAUGGGGAGAGCUCGAGCCCCGAAGGGGGUCCGGACACCCCGCCAAACACCCCCGUCACCCCAUCACACAAGUCUUCAAAGGAGCAUCACAAGCAGUGGAAGGAAUCGGAGAAAUGUGAACCAGAACCAGCCGCCUGUUUAGGUCAGCAUCAUCACCAGCGUCAUCAUCAUCACGAGUAUCAUCAUAGUCAUAAACAUCACAAUCAUCCUUCUGAAACCGAAAAGAAAUCAUCAUAUAGUCCUCAAGGAAUCUGUGAUGUCAGAUCAUCAAAUGAUCCUUUAUCAGCAUAUUCAUGCUACCAUGCGCAUUGGUGCGCUGCUUCUACCUCUUCCACACCUAUUCCUAGUCCUACUCCCACGAGUCCGAGUCUUUCCCUUUCAUCAAACUGUAGCAGUGAAGGAGAGACUAGAUGGCAGUCGGCGACACGUCAUCGGACUACUGAGAAAGCAGAUCGAUCUACCUCCAAUCGCAAAUCGCUCGGCAAUGACGACGACGAAGACGAUGCGGACCAAAACAACGACCAAGACCAAGACCAAGACCAUAGCGGCAAUUUGCCCAAUCCAGGUGAUCUACCAUCAUAUAUAACUCAAUUCCAGUGGGAUAUGGCAAAGUAUCCUAUCAAGCAAUCAUUGAGAAAUAUUGCUGACAUUAUCAGUAAACAAGUGGGUCAAAUUGAUGCUGAUCUUAAAACUAAAUCUACAACAUAUAAUAAUUUGAAAGGAAGUUUACAAAAUCUUGAGAAGAAGCAAACAGGAAGCUUAUUAACAAGAAAUUUGGCAGAUUUAGUGAAGAAGGAACACUUUAUCUUGGAUAGCGAAUAUUUAACUACUUUGCUUGUAAUCGUCCCAAGAUCAAAUUUCCAGGAGUGGCAUAGUGGAUAUGAAAAGUUAACAAAAAUGAUAGUACCACGUACCACACAACUCAUCGCUCAAGAUGUUGAGUAUGGAUUAUUUACUGUUACUUUGUUCAAAAAAGUUAUCGAUGAAUUUAAAUUACACGCACGUGAAAAGAAGUUCAUUGUUCGUGAUUUUACAUAUAAUGAAGAGGAAUUAGCAGCAGGAAAAAAUGAGAUAACAAAAUUGGUAACAGAUAAAAAGAAACAAUUUGGGCCUCUUGUACGUUGGUUAAAAGUUAACUUUAGUGAGUGUUUUUGUGCAUGGAUUCAUGUUAAAGCUUUGCGCGUAUUUGUAGAAUCUGUCCUAAGGUAUGGAUUACCUGUAAAUUUUCAAGCGAUAUUAUUGCAUCCUCAUAAAAAAUGUGCAAGGCGUUUACGUGAUGUUCUGAACCAGCAUUACGCUCAUUUAGAUUCUUCUGCUACAACAUCAUCUGGUGCACAAGGAAGUCAAGAUAGCAUGGAUAUACUAGGGUUAAGCUUUGGCCAAAAUGACUAUUUCCCUUAUGUGUAUUAUAAAAUCAACGUAGAUAUGGUUGACAAUAAGGUCUAAUUAUUGGAGUGAUGAGUCUAUUUUCUUAUAUUUUAAAUAUCCUUUCAUUUACAUAAAACAUACUUCCAUAUCUCCAGGUACUUAAAGCAGAUGUGUACAAAGUAGUUUAUAUGAACUAUGAUCAUUUCUGUUUACAUGAACUACGACAUAUUGCAUUUUUUAAAACUUUGCUAAGAUCUUGAUUUUCAAUGUAAAUGUAAUUAUUAUUGAUUCACUUCCAGGAGUAUAUCAAAUAUUUACUCAAAACUGAUAUUUUUAUAGUACACCAAAAUGCCUGGAGAGAUGUAUGUACUUUAUGAUAUUAGCUUAAUAUAAACUAUGCAUAAUAGAAUGCACAAUCAUUUGUAUAAAUUUUAGCAGACGAAUUUGAAUACAUCUUUCAAAUUUUCUUUUUUUUUUUUAAACAGGCUAUAUUUGAUUGAACAAAAGACAUUAGUACAAAUGAGACUCAUAAUAUGAUUAUAUAUUUUAAAUUUGCAGUUUUAAAAAAAAUUGAAUAUAUUAAAGAUUAACAACCAUAAUAAUCACAUUCUACGUAAAAUGCCUGUAUAAAUGUACCAAAAUUCUCACAAUUAAAUAUAGCACAACCUAUUUUAUAUAGUACUACAUGAAGAGCAAAAAAUAUAUUGUGCCAGAAUAGAAAUUCUGCAAUGUAGAAUUGUAUUAUGUUAUGUAUUGCUUAUAAAAUUAAGACCAUUGUGAAUAUUGUUAUAAAGAAGAAAGUGCAUCUUGUUACAAGAACAUAUGUCAUAAUAUCUGUUUUGAUUCAAAUGCUUUUACCAUGUUCAUUCAAUAGGUCUUCAUAAUGCAUAUUGUAUUAUGCGACAACUAGUAAAAUAAGUGUUAUUGAAGUGUUAAGAUACUGUAAAUUUAUUUCACUAAUAUUAAAAACUAAUGUUUUAACAAUGCAGAGUGUAUCAGAUACAUGCUAAUAUAUCAAUGUUACUUAUUAAAAACUAUAAAACUGCAAAACAUUAGUGGAACUCUUGAAGUAUUAUUAACAUUAUCUUUCAAGUUCAAAUGAUAUAUAAAGCUUUUCAUUUUAUAAUAAAUACAAUUGAAGUAUUAAAUAUUGAUUUGAAGGCUGCACAAAAAUGAAAAGUAAUAUACGGAAUCGCUAUGGUGCAUGUUGUUUAAACAAGUUGUAUUAUAAAUACUUUAUGUAUAGAAACUAUGCUUUGCAAUAUUACUUUAAAUAUUGCUUAAAUUUUAUUUUUUUCGAAAUGGUAUUUUUAAUACAACGAUGUAAAUCGAAUUGUAUGUCUGAAUAUAUUCAAUUUUAUUCUAUACAUACAUUUGAGAAAUAGAAUGGUCUACAGAUAUAAUAUUUUUCCUGAUUUAAGCAAACAUAUUUUAACCUAUGGGAAGAUAAUUUAGUUUAUAAUUUCCGCUCGGAUAAUAAUCAUUAAUUCAUUAGUGUUUCGAAGCGCAUUUGUAUUUCAAACUGUAAAUUAUUAUACAGUUGACGAUAAAGUGUUAAAAAGUAAACGAAAUUUUAUCGUCAUCGAAUAAAUUUUAUAAAAGAAAAGUUUUCCUAUGCGUUAAAUAAUGAAAAUGUUCUAUGUAUUAAAAACGUUAUAUGUAUCAUACUGAUAAUUCUGAAAAUGUAUUGUUUUAUAUACUCCAAAAUCAAUUACAAUAUUAUAUUAAUAAUAUAUAAUUUUUAAAUUCCAGUUGUAAAAACAUUUCAGUCACAAUAUUAGCUGAAUCAUAACUGUAUGUUAAAUCUAUGAAUAAAUGAAUUCUUAAAUGGA